GACUCUCAAUUGGCAAUUGAGAAUCCCACGGCUCAUGAUCGACAGCGCAAAAAAGGUUGACAACAAUGUAAAUUAGUAUAAGAGACUUGGUCCAACUCGUCAAAAUGGAGUGAUUUCUUGUCAUCACCUUCAUCAAUACAGUCCAGCCCAGUCCAGUCCUGUCCUGUCUUCUCAACUCACCAUCAUCUCAAAAAGUGUCUAUAUCUUCACUUACACUUACACUUACACUUACACCGCACCCACUUACACAAUGGCCGCCAUCGCUAGACCUGCUCUCGCUAAGCCUGCCGCAUACCCCAAGGCUCUCCCCGUUGUCGUUGCUGUCGGCAGCUUCGCUCUCGUCGCUAGCUACGUGACCUCCCAAUUGGCCACCACAUCAGCCAAGUUCGAUCGCUCUUUUGCAAAGUACAACACUCCCGAGAGUGAAGCCAACCGAGCAAGGACCUUUGACGGUGCCAUCGAGAAUCCCAGGACAAGUCUGUUCAACAUCCUCGGUCGACGACAGUAGACGAUCAAUUGUCUAUAGAACUUUAUUAUAAAGGAUCCUAGAGAUCUGCUUCUGCAUACGCAUAUACAAUUUCUUCACGUUGAGCGUUCUUUAUUACGUCUACAACAUCGCCUGGUUAUAAGUGGCGCAGAGACGGACAUAGCAUUUGGUGGUUGGAUAAACUGGAGGUGGAAUAUACCAUGGAAGUCAUAUAAUUUGAACAAUGAACAAACAGUUGAAAACGUCACACAAAAUCGACCAUGAUAAAUGAACGCGACAUCAAUUCUUUUGUAUUACAUAUAAAAAUUCCGCCAGCCAGUCUUUUGCUGAGGUUGCCCUCGUUUCCAUAAAGACUGAUCUAGGGCUCAUCCUAUCCUG